CAACUGCUUCAUACUCUGUUACUGCCUUUCCUUCCGUCUUUCUCUUCAUUCACUUCGUAAUUUCUGGCCAGUCCAGCUUUGAGCGCUAGUCGCCAUUAUACCGUUCUCUUCAGCCACACGCCUCUAGUAAUCAAGAACACUCUUUGACAUCGAAGACCAACACAGCAAUCAUGUACUUCUCGAAAAGCAUCAUCGCAUCUGCCCUUCUCGGGCUCGCAGCUGCCACUACCCACUCAGGAGAGGCAAUCUCAGCGGGAUUGGCAACAUCUUCAACCUCAGCUAUUGCGGCUUCAGAGACACGCAGCGCAGCACCGAACGCAGCCGCGUCGGCAGCCGCAACAAGUGGCGCAUCGGCAGGAAACAUCGCGACGCAUGUCAUUCAAGUCGGAGGACCAAAUGGAUCGAUAACCUUCUCUCCCGAAAACGUGAAGGCGGCACCCGGCGAUUUGGUGCAGUUCCAAUUCCACCCCAAGAACCACUCCGUAGUCCAGUCUACCUUCGAUAAGCCGUGUGUACCGAUCCAAAACGUCAUGCCCAACAUGACUACUGCCUUCUUCUCCGGAUUCAUGCCAACCAACGCUUCCGUUGGCGCAACCUCCCAGGUCCUCACUUACACCAUCCGUGUUAUGGACACCAAGCCUAUCUGGUUCUACUGCUCGCAAGCGAAGCACUGCCAAGGUGGUAUGGUUGGUGCAAUCAACGCCGCUGAGACGGGUAACAAGACCAUGUCUGCAUUCAAGGCUCUCGCCGCCAGCGCAACCGAGAACCUCAGCCCCGGACAAGCUCCUGGCUCUGGAACACAAUCCGGCAGCGGAACCGGCACUAACAACGGCGGCGGCGCUGCUCAGUCCUCGUCUGCUGCAGGCGGUGCCGGCGGUGCGGGAGCUGGCGCAGGCACAGGAGCUACCAGCACCGAUUCGAGCGCACCGGCCCAGCAAACUACCAACGCUGCCUCCAGCACAUUCGGCUCGCAAUCUCUUUUUGGCCUGGCCUUGGGAGCUGUCGCGGCUAUCCUGCUGUUGUGAGAAGGGCUCUAGACUGGGGCGGAGAGAAGCGGAGUGGGCGACGGUGCUUGUCUGUGAUACCAUUAUUGCUGUUGUUGAACUGAGCUGGCUUUAGUAAGACGCCGAAAGGGGCGUCGUUACAUAUUCUUCUUCAUCUCUUGAAUGUCUAAAACAGGUGGCGGUGCAGUAACGCUGUCACAGGUCAGGCACUAAUUACAUAACGAAUCAGAAAUCAAAUAGC